AUGCCGUGACGCGCUGUGGCGCGGCCUUUGCUGUCUCUCUGCGGAGGGGGCUCACAGGACCGACGCCAAGAUGAUGCUUUCAAGGGCCAAACCUGCCGUCGGCGGGGAUCUACUGCACACUGACAAAAGAAAGAAGAAAGGUAGGAAGAUUCCAAAACUAGAGGAGCUACUUUCACAAAGAGAUUUCACUGGCGCUAUUACCCUGUUGGAGUUCAAACGUCAUGUUGGUGAACAAGAAGAGGAUACUAAUUUGUGGAUUGGAUACUGUGCUUUUCACCUGGGUGACUACAAGAGAGCUCUGGAGGAAUAUGAAAAUGUGACCAAAGAGAAAAACUGCAGUCCUGAAGUCUGGGUGAACCUAGCCUGCACCUACUUCUUUCUUGGGAUGUAUAAACAAGCUGAAGCAGCUGGAUUUAAAGCUCCAAAAAGCCGACUCCAAAACCGCCUGCUCUUCCACUUGGCUCACAAGUUUAAUGAUGAGAAAAAAUUGAUGAAUUUUCAUCAGAACCUUCAGGAUAUCACAGAAGAUCAACUAAGUUUGGCCUCAAUUCACUACAUGCGAUCUCACUACCAAGAAGCUAUUGAUAUAUAUAAACGAAUACUGCUAGAUAACAGGGAAUACCUUGCCCUCAAUGUUUACGUGGCCCUCUGCUACUACAAGCUGGAUUAUUAUGAUGUGUCUCAAGAAGUUCUGGCUGUUUACCUUCAGCAAAUUCCCGAUAGUACCAUCGCACUCAAUCUUAAGGCCUGUAAUCAUUUUCGCCUUUACAAUGGCAAAGCAGCUGAGGCAGAACUCAAAAGCUUGAUGGACAACGCUUCUUCAUCCUUUGAAUUUGCUAAAGAACUCAUCAGGCACAAUCUGGUUGUUUUCCGAGGAGGGGAAGGUGCUUUGCAGGUUUUACCUCCCCUGGUUGAUGUCAUUCCCGAAGCUAGGCUAAACUUGGUGAUUUACUACCUUCGUCAAGAUGAUGUACAAGAAGCUUAUAACUUAAUUAAGGAUCUGGAACCUACCACUCCUCAGGAAUAUAUCCUCAAAGGAGUGGUUAAUGCAGCGCUUGGUCAGGAAAUGGGUUCAAGGGAUCAUAUGAAAAUUGCCCAGCAGUUCUUUCAGUUGGUGGGAGGAUCAGCUAGUGAAUGUGAUACAAUACCAGGGAGGCAGUGCAUGGCUUCCUGUUUCUUCCUGCUUAAGCAGUUUGAUGAUGUCUUGAUUUACCUCAACUCGUUUAAGAGUUACUUCUAUAAUGAUGACAUCUUUAACUUCAAUUAUGCCCAAGCCAAAGCUGCAACAGGCAAUACCAGUGAAGGUGAAGAGGUGUUCCUCUUGAUCCAAAGCGAGAAGAUAAAAAAUGAUUACAUUUACCUCAGUUGGUUAGCUCGGUGCUAUAUCAUGAAUAAGAAACCAAGACUAGCAUGGGAACUUUAUCUCAAGAUGGAAACCUCUGGCGAGUCCUUUAGUCUCUUACAGCUCAUUGCUAAUGACUGCUACAAGAUGGGCCAGUUUUACUAUUCAGCCAAAGCUUUUGAUGUCUUAGAGAGGCUGGAUCCCAACCCUGAAUAUUGGGAAGGCAAAAGGGGUGCCUGUGUGGGCAUUUUCCAGAUGAUCUUAGCUGGGAGAGAACCCAAAGAGACCCUUCGAGAAGUACUCCAUUUACUGAGAAGCACAGGUAACACGCAAGUAGAGUACAUCAUCCGGAUCAUGAAGAAAUGGGCCAAAGAAAACAGAGUGUCUGUCUAAAACAGCUCCAGAGUCCUAGAGACCAGCUUCCGCUUUGACAAAGAAUUAGAAAUCAUUUUCCUCAAGUUUAGUGUAAGAUGCAGGGCUCUAUUUUAUUGACAUUUUCCUUCCUUGUUCUCCAACCCUCAAGAUCAUUGACUGACUUGUUUAGACCUAGCCUCCUGGCUGAAUACAGCACCGUAGUCUGUGCCAUGGCCCCUGUAUGAUCCUACGAGCAAUAAGACUUUGGACUUACCUGGUGCCUUUCUUCCAAAAAUACUCAGAGUACUCUUAUGUAAUUUACUGACUUUAACAAGAACAGCAUGACUUUUUCUUAUGUUAGUGUUUCACGGCAUUUUCUUCUCCCCGCAAUAACAAAUGUCUCUGAUGCUCAAGAAUCACCAUCAUUCUAUCACCUUAUUUUUAGCCAAUUAUGUACAUUAUCUCAUUUUAGUGGGGAUAAGAGGUUUUGUAAUGCAUCUCUGAAUCUCAGGAGAAUAGAGGUUACAACUAGCUGUGUGAUUCUAACAACGGCAGUAAGAUCCUGUAUCAAACUGUCUAGUCAUUAAUAGAUAAUAGGCUUAUGGGAUUACUCUUUCAGUAAUUGAAUUGUUGGUGAAAAUAACA